AUGGAAAACAGACCUUCAGUGAGGAUCGGAGUGGUGGGAUAUGGACAUCUAGGGAAGUUCCUGGCCGAGAAGAUCCUCAGAGACGGACGUGCUCUCGGUCUGACUCUGGCGUUCGUCUGGAACAGAAAUCCAGAAAAGUUAAAGGGUUCGGUCCCUGCUGAGCUCGUCCUCAGUGAUCUGUCGUCCUUCGCUGACAGGCGCUGUGACGUGAUCGUGGAGGUGUGUCACCCUCAGAUAGUGGAAGAGUUCGGCCCCAGGUUUCUGGCUCGCUCCCAUUUCAUGGUGGGCUCUCCCUCUGCUCUCUCCAACCCUGACCUGAAUGAGAAGUUGCGUCAGGCUGCUCAGCAAUACGGCCACACGCUUUAUGUCCCCAGCGGUGCAUUAUGGGGCGGCCAGGACAUCCAGAGGAUGAAUGAUAGUGGGACGCUGAAGGCUUUGUUCAUCAGAAUGUCCAAGCAUCCCUCCUGCUUCCGGCUGACGGGAGACAUCCUCAGCGACUGGGCAGAGGGGGAGGGGAGGCGCGUCUUAUUCAGGGGCUCAGUGGCAGAACUCUGCUCUCUCGCUCCAAACAACGUCAACACCAUGGCGGCGGCGGCCGUGGCAGCGGGGGCGCUGGGCUUCACGGGGGUUCAGGGGGAGAUCGUUUCAGAUACAGAGCUGAGUGAUUUCCACGUGGUGGAGGUGGAGGUGACCGGGCCUGACGGCUUCUCGGUUCACACAGUGAGGAGGAAUCCAGCCAGACUCGGGGCUGUGACCGGCAGCGCCACCUACAACUCCUUCUGGAACAGUUUACUCGUUUGUAAAGGUCACGGAGGCAAAGUUUACUUGUGCUGAAGCAGCAGAGACAUGUGGAGGAUCACCUUCAGCAGAAGAGGAGGAUCCACGAACAAAUCCAUGUUAAAUUAGAAGCUUUAUUCUGGAUCAGUGUCAGUCGGUUACUGAGAAACUCCACAGAUGUUUGGAUGAGUGUUUCAAUAAAGUGCGUGCACA